AUGUGCGAAAAUAUUAAAUUCAGCAACUUAACCCUUUGUGUAUAUUCAGUUAAACUUAGCAUGAAGGACCUUGAUUAUAAAACUCUUGGUGAACAACUUGAGCCUAAUAAAGAUAUUGCAGCUAUUAAUAGCAAUUUCAUUCACAAGACUGAUGAAGGUUUUGAGAACUUUAUUGCUCAACCCAAGAAGUUAACAGCUAAAAAGAAAAAAUUGAUGAAAUUGCAUACUUUCAAGGAACAUAAAAAA